CAACUACCGCCGUCUUUUACUCACCACACACACACAUUUCAUCCCCCGCCUUCGCCCUUGGCCCCCACGCUCUCUCGGCUUGGACUUUGGUCAGUGUCUUGUAUUAUUAUUAUUGCUAUUCCCCCACAUCCCACUAGACCCCACAAAUCCCACAUAACUUCACCACCAAAACAGGUGUCCACGCAAUAAUUGUGUCUGGUUGUUUGGUGUCGUAGCUAUUGUUAAUACCUUUAUUUUUUGUCUGCUAACGCGUCUGUCUGUUCGCGUUUGUACUGUACUAUUUCUCUCUGCUGUGUACAUUAUAUACCGUGUGCCGAUUGAACCGGGUUUAAACGCGUCUUUCUCAUGGAUUACGUUCUUAGUGUUGCUGACACGGUUGUGUUCGACAAGGUGUACGGUGCCGUAUGGCCCGUCCCCCGUGACAACAUUGUCCGCCAGACCAUCAGCCUGUACUUGCUGACAUGGGUGUUUGGUGUGUUUUUGUACGGUUUCUUUUCUUCCCUGUCGUAUCACUUUGUGUUUGACAAGUCGCUGAUGAAACAUCCAAAGUUUCUGAAGAACCAGGUCCGGCUGGAAAUCAUGACGGCCAUGAAGAACUUGCCCGGAAUGGCUGCUCUUACGGUGCCCUGGUUUUUGGCCGAGCUCCACGGAUACAGUUACCUGUACGACAACAUUAGUGAUUACGGCUGGAAGUACUAUUUCGUUUCUCUGCCCUUGUUUGUUAUUUUCUCCGAUUUCGGAAUUUACUGGGCUCAUCGUUUCUUGCACCAUCGUUGGGUGUAUCCCCGUUUGCAUAAGCUGCAUCACAAGUGGAUCAUUUGCACGCCGUUUGCCUCUCAUGCCUUCAAGGCCGGUGAUGGUUUCCUCCAGUCGUUGCCUUAUCACUUGUUCCCGUUCUUUUUUCCCCUUCACAAGCUCACUUACCUGGGGCUGUUCACCUUUGUGAAUUUCUGGUCCAUUAUGAUCCAUGACGGCAAGUACUUGUCCAACAACCCCAUCAUUAACGGUGCUGCUCAUCAUAACGGACAUCAUCUGUACUUUAACUACAACUACGGCCAGUUCACCACCUUGUUUGACCGUCUUGGCGGAUCCUUCCGUGCUCCCGACCCGGCUUGGUUUGACAAGGAUAUGCGUUCUCGCAAGGAGGUUUUGGCUGUUGAAAUUGCCCAGAUGGAGGAAAUCCAGAAGGAGGUUGAAGGCGACGACGACCGUGACUAUGUUGCAGACAAGACGUUGUAGGCGAAGUUAAAGGGAUCCCCUCACAGCCACGAAAUGGCGUCGUUGUCGUUUGUCUCGUCUUUUGUCUCGCCUUUUCUCACCCGACGCCUUCCCCUCCCAUUCUCUCUUCUCUAUUCUUCUCUAUAUUUUUGUACAUUAUCUUCCCGUCGUUCACGCACCUGGCGCCGUCUUGCCAGUUGUAU